GAGAGAGGCAUGUUUCAACAGAUGGCUCUUGGUGUCCCAGUUCAGCCAGCGCUUCCACCCUUAAACCUGUCCUGUCUAAGAGAGAGGAAGAUAACAAGAGAGAAAAAGAGACAGGGAGAGAGAAGGAGGGAGUCAGUUUAGCUUAGGAAAGUGAAACUGCUUAGAAAAGGACUCCAGCUUUUCAGUUUUCUGUGUCUGAAAACUUUUUUUUCUCCAACCUGUCUCUCAUUCACUGCUUUCAUGACAGGCGUCUUUUACAGAGUUUUAUUCAGUUAAGUGGGAGUUCACCAAAGAAGAUAGAUAGUGGGAGGGAGAGAGAGAGAAAGCAAGAGAGAGAAGGAGAACACAGGAGAGAAGUGUGGCGUGACUGGGAAGUUGCUUAGUGUUGCUCCCUCAGCUUUGGGGGUUCCUCUGCAAGACAUAAGGAACAAAAAGCACCACCUGCUCCCUCUCCAGCAGUUUCCAUUGGACCUGCAGUCUGGUGUGUGAGUGUAGAAGAGCUGAGUAAAGUGGAUGAGGCUGCACAUACAGUAGGUUUCACACAGACUGCUGUCCUUCUCCAUCAGGUAUUUUGAAGUGAAGCAGCAGGCAGUCUAAGCAGAAGACAAGGCAUUGCACCAGUGGCUAGAGGUCAGAGGUCAUGGCCAUGGUGACCGGCCAGUUGGUGGUGCUGCUGGCCGUGCUGGCAGUGGCGCAUGCCUCUGUCUUUCUCUCUGGUCAGAGAAUGAAGCCUCGAUUCCAACGAGACCGCCGUAACAUCCGCCCCAACAUCAUCCUCAUCCUCACUGAUGACCAGGACAUUGAGUUAGGCUCCAUGCAGGUGAUGAAUAAGACACGGCGGAUCAUGGAGCAGGGUGGCACACGCUUUUCUAACGCUUUUGUGACAACACCCAUGUGCUGCCCAUCACGCUCAUCUCUCCUGACCGGCAAAUACGCUCACAACCACAACACUUACACGAACAAUGAAAACUGCUCGUCUCCAAGCUGGCAGGCCCAGCAUGAGCCGCGCACCUUUGGAGUCUAUCUCAACAACACAGGCUACAGAACAGCAUUUUUUGGGAAAUAUCUGAACGAGUAUAAUGGCAGCUAUAUUCCCCCUGGAUGGAGAGAGUGGGUGGGGAUGGUGAAGAACUCUCGCUUCUACAACUACACCAUCUGCAGGAAUGGCAUCCGUGAGAAACAUGGAUUCGACUACUCGCAGGACUAUCUGACAGACCUGAUAACCAACGACAGCAUCAAUUACUUCCGAAUGUCCAAGAAAAUCUAUCCUCACAGGCCAGUGAUGAUGGUCAUCAGUCACGCCGCCCCCCACGGGCCAGAGAGUGCAGCGCCGCAGUACACCACAGCUUUCCCCAACGCAUCCCAACACAUAACUCCAAGUUAUAACUAUGCGCCAAACCCAGACAAGCACUGGAUCAUGCGCUACACUGGUCCUAUGAAACCCAUCCACAUGGAGUUCACCAACAUGCUGCAGAGGAAGAGGCUGCAGACGCUGCUGUCUGUGGAUGACAGUGUGGAGAAGAUUUAUAAUAUGCUUGUGGACACUGGCGAGUUAGACAACACAUAUGUUAUCUAUACAUCUGAUCAUGGCUACCACAUCGGGCAGUUUGGAUUGGUCAAGGGCAAAUCCAUGCCUUAUGAGUUUGAUAUACGAGUUCCGUUCUAUGUACGAGGCCCCAGUGUGGAAGGAGGAACCAUCAACCCCCAUAUUGUGCUAAACAUCGAUUUGGCCCCCACCAUUCUGGACAUCGCCGGGCUCGAUGUUCCUCCAGACAUGGACGGCAAGUCCUUCCUCAAACUGCUUGACACUGACAGACAUAUAAACAGAUUCCAGGUCAACAAGAAGGGGAAAGUAUGGAGGGACUCCUUUCUGGUGGAAAGAGGUAAACUACUUCAUAAAGUAGUGCAUGAUGGGAAGGACGUAGCACAAGAAGAGAACUACCUUCCCAAGUACCAGCGAGUCAAAGACCUUUGUCAGCGUGCUGAGUACCAGACACCCUGCGAACAGAUCGGACAGAAGUGGCAGUGUGUGGAGGACUCCACUGGGAAGCUGAGGCUUUAUAAGUGCAAAGGCAUGGCCAGUCUUACAUCAGUAAAGAAACCAGUGUCCAGCACAAAGCCCCAGUUCUACCAACGCCCCAUUAACGCCAAUGCCAAAGCGAGCACUGAGCCUGAUGACUGUGACUGUGACUUUAGCAGCUACAGACUUAGCACUCUGAAGAAAAAGACCCUGCUGUCCAAAAAAAAAAUGAAGACCCUGAAAAGCUACUCCAGGAACCGGUACACUCGCUCGAUUUCAGUGGAGAUAGAUGGAGAUCUCUAUGCUGUAGAUCUGGAUGGUGAAUACCAACCAGUAAGGAGCAGGAACCUGAGCCAUGCCCACCAGGAAGAGGAGGUGUUCAGCGGAAUGGGUCCGACUGCUGAGCCACAGACCAGCAACAGCCUGGCAUUGCCCUCAUCUAUUAAAGUCACACACAGGUGUUCCAUCCUGGCCAACGAUACAGUAAAGUGCGACGUAGGAUUGUACAAAUCUCUGCAGGCAUGGAAAGAUCAUAAACUCCACAUCGACCACGAGAUCGAGACACUGCAGACGAAGAUUAAGAACCUGAGAGAGGUCAGAGGUCACUUGAAGAGGGUGAGGCCUGGAGACUGCGACUGCAGCAAGUACAUCUACAAAUCCAAGUUCAAGAGUAAGCUGAGGAAAUAUAAAUCAGACAGCAUGCAUCCAUUCAGGAAAGCGCAGGAGAAGGAUAAGAAGGCAUGGGUGAUGAUGGAGCAGAAGCGCAGGAAGAAGCUCAGGAAGAUGUUGAAGCGCCUUCGUAACAAUGACACAUGCAGCAUGCCAGGACUCACCUGCUUUACUCAUGAUAACCAGCACUGGCAGACUGCCCCCUUCUGGACCUUGGGACCUUUCUGCGCCUGCACCAGCGCCAACAACAACACAUACUGGUGUAUGAGGACCAUCAAUGAGACGCAUAACUUCCUGUUCUGCGAGUUUGCUACAGGCUUCCUGGAAUACUUUGACCUUAACACAGAUCCAUACCAGUUGAUCAACGCAGUAAACACACUGGAUCGGCAUGUUCUAAACCAAAUGCAUGUUCAACUCAUGGAGCUACGAGGUUGCAAGGGCCACAAACAGUGUAACCCCCGCAUACGCAAUAUGGACCUGGAGGGCAGAUUUGGGAAGGAUGGGAAGGAUAAGUCCCAGGAGGAUAUGAGCCAAUUUCAACCCUUGUACACACUCGAUGAGCAUGCCUACGAUCUCAACCUCAACUUCACCUUGAGCCUGGAGGACUGGGCCCACUUCAGCCGCUCCGUGGACCACACGUACACGUUCCUUAGCAACCAUAACCGGCCUUGCCCACGUGACCUGGUGGGAGGGGCCAGAGGAAGAGACUGUGCUCUUGUGUCCUCUGCCAGUGGCUCAGCGUCAGUUGUCUAUCUUACCACUCUGGCCACUCCUGCUUUGUUGCUGAGAAAGGCGGGGACAGAACUUCUAAGAGAAGCUUUGGGAUUGAGACCAAAGCCACACCCCUCUUCCUCGGCCCCUCCCACUUCUUCUUCUUCUCUUUCCACGCGUCUGCUCUCUUCAAGCUCACACAAGGACAGGGACACUUCAGAGGAAAUAUUGAACAUGCAUAUGUGGAGUGGACGAACAGAAGAGGGGAAGAGAGAGGGGGAGGAGGAGGAGGAAGAGGAAGAGGACAGUGACGAAGAUGACGAGGGGGAGGUUUUUAUUCAGAAACGGACAGGUCGGCGGAGGUUCGGCACCGCCCACUGUGACUGCAGCUAUUCCCAUGUCUCCUUAUGACUUUCUGUAUGGGCCUGUAUGGGUCGUUACCUCGUUCCUCAGAGAAGACUCUUAACCUUCGUACAGAAGUUUACCUCCAGCCUACAACCGAACUCUUUCUCUCCUACCUCUCGUUCUCUCGUUCCGCCUCUUCGGUCCACAUCAGUCUUCCACAUCAGCCUCAACCUACAGGCUAUGUUUUUUCAGUUCAUCUGUCCCUUUUUUAAGUCUGUCCAUCACAAUAGUAAUAUCCCAGAGAUCGUCUAGACCUCAAAGAGUGCACAUUUCAUCUUUGAACAUUGGGCAGGUGAGGUUGUGAGAUUGAUGAGAAAGUGACAAGUGAAAGAAAGUUGACAUAUUUGGACUUUGUUUUGUAUUGUGGAUACGUGUACGUGUUUUCUUUUGAGUUCUGUAAGUGUUGAUGGCUGUCUGGUACGUCUCCCCUGCACAGCUUCAGCUCAUGUGGCACAUUCCCCAGUCUCUUUCCAUGACUGCCUCAAUGUCCAACAACCCCUUAUCCUAUGUCCUGGCUAACCUCGAGGCCACGUUAAAUUAGAUACUUUGAACCCUUAUGUUCUGUUCUGUUUGACUGUCAAUGACCUGUUUGAUAAGUAAGAACCACCCUAAAAAUUAUUUUUAUGACACAGCACUGUCUGCUCUAGGCUCAGAUCACUUUUGUUUCAGAGAUAAUGUUCAGGAUUUUAUCACCUGAGAGUAGCAAGGAGAAAUAUGUUUGUGUGGUUGUGGAAGAAGUUAUUUUAUCUUGAUGUGAUAUUCUUCGACCCCUCAGAUAUGUGUUGAUGUACAUCAAAGUUGAUGUAAAAUCAUAAGGGUUUACGAUGUUUUUGGAAUGUUGACAAAAACAAAAAGGGAUACAAGAAAUGAUGGGAAAAGGAGGAAAGCAGUAUUGGUAAUAAUUGACAUGGAGAUCUGUUUUUAAAUCAUAUUGUAUUGCUAUAAAAUUCUGGUGCGAGUCAGCAAGAUAUCUAUUGCUAAGAAAAGAACAGAACACAAGGGUUAACACAUUAGCAGCUGUAACAUCUGGACAAAGUAAUGAAAGAGUGCAGGUCUUCAUAAGCACACACUGCUUUUAUUCCUGCUCUCAUCACAUCACAUCAACAGAUUCCUGUUAAAUGAUCUGGACAGUGUAUGUAGGUAGGUGUAAAUUAAAGCACAUCAUAUAUUUUCAAUAAUGUUUCUUUUUUACUCUUAUUUUUGUUUGCCUACUCAUUUUGGGACUGUUUGUGUAAAAAAAAAAAAGGUUGUGUAGACCCCUAAAGGUUGUCAUUAAAUUCUUACUACUAGCAGUUAGAGUCACAACAGUCUCAGGUGUGUGGCUUAUCAGUAAUAACAAAGAGUUAAAAGACAGGAAUUAUUACUGAUGAGCCACUUCAGCGUAAACCUGCUUCUUCAUAAACUGGGUACAACAGGAUGUGUUUCAGAUGUUGUACUGUGUCCCAUUGAUAAGACAAAAAAAACAUUAUUUACUGACACAAAUGUGCUUUUUUAAGAAAAAAAAACAAAAACACAAAAAAAUAACGCUAAAGGUUUGGUGUGAUUAUAAUGUGUGCAUUUCCUUUUAACCGGAAUUUUUCCUAGGUAUCUGUGCUAUACACGGUGCUACUAAAGUCUGAGCAACUAUAUAAAACGGCAGUAUGUAUUUGAAUGUACGUUUGCAAAUGAAUAUGCUGUAAAUGUUAAAGUAUAUUUUAUAUGACACACAACAGUCAAGGUCAUGAGGCAUUUAUUCUUUUUUUUUUUUUUUUUUUUUUUUUUUACAUUUUCUUUUUUUUGGAUCAUGUUAAUGUUUAUUGAUCAGCACAUCUUAACUUUUUUGUUCGGUCCAUGGUCAUUAGUUGAUGCAGUUCAGAACGUAAGUGCUCACCCGGAUAGAUCGUAACUCAGUAAAAGUAAAAUAGUUUAGCUUAUUUGUAGGUUGUUGGUUUUAUGUGGAUACUAUUUAUGGAGUUAUGUUUCCAUCCAAGCCAUUUUCUGUAUCUAAGUAUCAAAAGUAUUAAAAACAAAGGGUAAUGCUUUACAAUAACAGUACAUGAAUAAUCCUGCACUAAUACCUGGAAAAUAAUCUUAAAGAAAACUGCUUUUAGGUAUUAAUAGAUAAUGAUGUCUGCUAAAUAAAUAAAUGUUACUGUAUUCAUUUCACCCUGAAUAAAAGAGCAGAGGUCCGGGCAGGUUCUAGUACUAGAGUGAGAUUAGAAGAGAAAUGGAUGGAGAAUGACACAAAAUAUGUUGAGAUGAAAUUACUGGUGAUUAUCGUUAAUGUGUCUUUCCAUUUUUAUUUGGAAGGAUCAUUGUAAAUUAUGAAAGUAAUCCAGUGGCAUCCAAUGAAGUUGUCAAAAUAUAUAAACAGUUUGAAAUAAUGCUUCUUAAAUUCAUAUUCUUUCUCAUAUAGCUUGUUUAAUUGGGUUUACUCCUAUUUGAAAAUUAAUACAUUAACUAACAUAUAAAUACUUAAGAUGGUUGUUUUCACUCAUGGAUUCUCACAUAAGACUCACAUCACAGUUAAAGUUAACUCUAGUUCAUGCCUUAAUUCAUCAUUAGUUCAUAUUUAAAUAAGUAUUAAUUCAGGUAUUAGUGCAGGAUUAUUCAUGUACUGUUCUUUUAAAGUGUUACCACACAAAUAAUGCAGUAAACUGGGGGGAAAACCCAUUUGUUAAAUAAAUAAUAUAAAUACAAUAUACACUCAAACCCUUUUAGGAGCCAUUAGAAACAGAUAUUUAUGCAGUUAUACUGUAUAAUCAUGUGACUGCAGCACAAUGCAUGAAAUCAUGCAGGUUCAAGUCAACAGAUAGGCUGGUGUGAGUAUUUCAGAAACUGCUGAUCUUUCACAGGCAGCAGUCUCAAGAGUUUACAUAGAAUGGUACAAUAAAAAGACAAUCGACCCUCUCCCGUGAGCAGUGGCUCUGGGGCAUAAGCUUGUUGUUGAGAGAGCUCAGAGGCCUGACUGGUUUAAGCUGAAAGGAAGGAUGCAGUAAGUCAUAUAACCACUCUUUACAGCCAUGAUAAGCAGAAACGCAUUCGCAUAUAAAACACUCUAGGAUGCUUUUCUACACACAAUGUUUGUCGAGUGUUUAUUUGAGCUAUCAUAGAAACUUUGUUAGUCGUUGUAAAGUUAAUAGGCUUGUACGAAGAGCAUUAGUUUCUGAAAUACUAAAACCAGCCUGUCUAAUGAUAUUGUUAUUGGCAGAUUUUAUUUAAUACGUAAAAAAUGCUUUCGGUUUCCAUUUUUUAAUAUAUUAAAUAACAUUUUAAGUAUUUCUGUGAAAAAAAUGAUAGUAAAAACAAUAAAGUAAUUUAAGGAAUUAUCUAAUCAAUACUAAUUAAAAGGAAAAUCCACAUCACAGGUUUGGGAACACGAGUCCCUAAAACCCCAUUCUUUCAAAAGAUAUUCCCUCAGCUGUUGUUUUUUGACGACACUCUGAAGUCGUUAUGUUGAGAAUUUGUGACUGUGAAAAGUCAUAGCAUAUGAUUUACACUAUUUUAAUAUACAUUAAGCCAUGUGAUGACCCUGUUGUACCACUUCAAAUUGUAGAAAUGUGAUCGGUCACAAUGACUUUGUAUUGAUUUGUUAUGACUCUUAUAUCUAAGGGCACCAAGUGGAUCCAAACCUUACCAGCAAAAUCUCUCCUACAGCAUUACAGAGACAUCAGGGUUCCUUAAAUUUGCCAUCCAUAAUUAACAAACCUAAAUUACAUUGUUUCUGAACAGAUUUUAGUUGAUAUAAUUCCUCACUUAGUUGGAACCAUUUUUUUACAGUGCAUUGUGGGAAUUUUUUAGUCAGAAUUCUAGUUCACUGGAAGGAUUUUGCAGUUAAAAGAGAUUAAAAUGGUAAAAUGUCUGAAUGCUGAUCAGUGGCCUGAAACUGAGUCUGCAUCUGACAAGCCUAUGUGUCUGACAUACGGAUCAGCUCACUUAUUAACCAUAGCUUUAAUGCCUUGUUCAUUUUUUUUUUUGAUAUUUGACAAUUUUGUUUUUAUCUUAUACACCCACCCUCUUUUGACUGAACCUAAUGUCAAUCAUUUUUGCACCAGAUUUUGUGUCAUUACUUUGAUAAAAAUGCUCCCGGUGGUUUGUUGAAAUACGCUCUGCACUUUCUAAAGGGACUACUGUAAUGGCAAGACAAUUUCAUAUGACAGACGGUUUGAACAUAACAAUUCCUUGUACAGUUCUAUAGAUUAAUCAUAUCUCUAUUUUUGUUUCAGUUAACGUGUGGACAUUUAAUAGCGCUUGGUAGUUGUGAAUAAAGUGUUGAAUGCCCACAUUGUGAUUUCUGUAA